CAAUUCUUCUAUAAGAAAAGAAGCUGAUGCAAUAGGAGAUGAUGAUAACAACAACAAUGACUAUGGUCAAUACAAAAACAACCUCAUCCCCAACCUGGAAACUCUAUGAAAAUCCCUUUUACACUUCUCCUCAAAUCCACAAUAACAACAAUCAACAAAACAAACAACAAGAAGAACAACAAGAUCACAACAAGCAACUACAUCUUCUUCAUCUACCUGUUUCCACUCGGAAGAUCACUGCAUCUUUCUGGGAUCUUACGUUCAUCAAGCCGUUUAUGGAUUCAGAACUCGACACGGCUAAAGCGCAGAUCAUGGAGCUCAAAGCGCAGCUAGAGUAUGAGCGAAAAGCGCGUAAAAAGAUGGAGUUUUUGAACAAGAAGCUAGCAAAAGAGGUGUGUGGAGAGAAGAAAGAAAGAGAAGCAAUGGAGAAAGUAUGUGAAGAACUCGCGGGUGAGUUAGCUUCAAGUAAAUCAGAAAUAAGUAGGUUGAAGAUGGAAAUGGAAGAAGAGAGAAAGAUGUUACGUGUGGCUGAAGUUUUGAGAGAAGAAAGGGUGCAAAUGAAGCUUAGUGAAGCUAAGUUCAUUUUAGAAGAAAAGAUUUCAGAAUUGGAGAUCAGGAAAAUGACCCACAAGAAUAAUGAUCAAGAACAAGAAGAGCCCGAAAACCGCAAUGUUAUAUCUGGGAAUUCGAUGAAGUUACAAGGUAGAAAGGUGUCGUUAGAGCCCGAAAACCCUCACAUAAAGCGUGGGAUUCGCGGGUUCGUGGAGUUUCCGCGAGUCGUUAGAGCGAUCGGGUCGAGAAGCAGGCAUUUGGGUACGAAACUAGAGUGUCAAAAGGCUCAACUCAUGAUAUUAUUGAAACAGAAGACACAAAUCCAGUCUAAUAAUCUUAUUAUGAGUUAAGUUGGUGAUGAUCAUUUACAUACUUAUUGUAACUUUUUUUUUACAACUACAUAUUGAUGUGGCUUGUGGUGAUUAAGUAAUAAUCUUGAGGUUUAGUA